AUGUCGUAUCCAGCACACGCAUCGCCGGCACUACCGCCGCUCAAUUCGCCGCGCCCGCAAAAUACCCAGCGUACCAUGUCCCACAUGUCGACAAUGUCCGAUUACGACCUCGAGCACAAUAAGAAUGCCGAAACCUCGUCGUCGACCUCCGUCAAGCCUGCUCCAGAGCCUGUAUCUGCCGCGCCGCCAUUGGUCUCACCUUCAUUGACUCCCGAGCCUGCCAAUUCCUCGUCCGACCCCGCUACUCAAGAUGCCGAAAUCCAUGAAGCCGAACCCGCUGCCCCUCCAGCCUUGUUAGAAGAGCUCCCCGAGGUCACUUGCGAAGUACGCGCCCGCAUUCCUACUACCACUGGUCAGGAGAUGUUCUUGCACCUAUACCACAAUAGCGCGGACAACAAGGAGCAUCUGGCCAUUGUCUUCGGUCCCCAUAUUCGCAGUCGCAGUCUUGAUGCUCCGAGGGAGGGCGAGACAGAAAAAGACCGUAUGAUUAGAGGCGCAUAUGUCGGAAAACUAUACCCGGGCCGUACGUCUAGUCGCUUGGACCAGAUCAAGCAGGAUGCAGGCGUAUCAGCCGCACAACUAUCACGAAGUCCCACACCCGAAGCGGUUACAACAGAAGAGAGACAGGACAAAGCCAUCAAAGUCGCCGAAGCACAAAACAUGCCUCAGCCAUUGGCGCCGCUGGUGCGUAUACACAGUGAAUGCUACACUGGCGAGACAGUAUGGAGUGCACGUUGCGACUGCGGCGAACAGCUUGACGAAGCAGCUCGUUUGAUGUCUCUACCCUUCGACCCCACCGAUGCAUCUAUUCCCUCGCUCGGUGGUGUGAUCAUCUACCUGCGUCAAGAAGGCCGUGGUAUAGGUCUGCUUUCCAAACUCAAGGCCUACAAUUUGCAAGAUCUGGGUCACGAUACUAUGCAAGCGAAUCUUUUGCUCAGGCAUCCUGCAGAUGCCAGAAGUUACGGCCUGGCAACAGCUAUGCUGAUGGAUUUGGGUCUUGGUGGUGAAAGAGGUAUUAGACUGUUGACAAAUAACCCGGAGAAAGUGCGCGCAGUCGAGGGACCUGGAAGAGAAGUCGUGGUCAAGGAGCGAGUACCUAUGAUUCCAUUGGCAUGGUCAUCUGGCGGCAAGGNNGAAGGUGUUCAAGGGCCUGAAUUGGAGAAAUACAUUGGAACGAAGGUAAGCAACAAUUCCAUCAAUUGUUUGAGAUAUUCAUUUGCUGACUUGUGUGUUCUUGCAGNNAUUGAGAAAUUCAAGCAUAUGUUCAGCCCUUCUUGA